UGACGCAGGUCAGACCACACAAGAAUUCAGUCCAUCUGAAUAAUCAGGUGUAUAAAAGUCUGAGGUUAGAGAAGAGAGAUUGAGACGUCCCACCGACUGAAGCGAGAGGAUCUGAAACGACAGUAUUUCUACAGGUGUCAGUAUCCUCAGCUCUCUACAAAAGCCAUGAGUUCACCGAGCAGCUGUCAAAUACUUCUCCUGGUUGCGAUCUGCAGUGUUUUCUGCAGCAGGACUUUUGCAUUGCCUGCGAUUUCUGCAUAUUCUGACAUCAGAUCAGAAACUCUGGAUGAAGAUGGGCAAGAUGAUUGGACAAGCGAUCCAUCACUACAGGAUUUAGAGACGUAUAAACUCUUAUAUGAAAUCGCAAACACAGUUGAGAGACCAUCGAGACACGCUGACGGGUUGUUCACGAGCGGAUACAGCAAACUCCUCGGCCAACUCUCCGCUAAAGAAUAUCUGGAGUCUCUGCUGGCAAAGAGAGUCAGUGAUGAACUGGGUGUGGAGCAGAUGCCAGUCAAACGUCAUUCAGACGCCGUCUUCACAGACAACUACAGUCGAUACCGUAAACAGAUGGCAGCCAAGAAAUACCUCAACUCAGUGUUAGCAGGGAAAAGAAGGCAAGCGAUAAUAUGACUGUUGUUCAUACGCUGUGUUAUCUGUGCUAUUAUUGCUUCAAUCAUCUGACUUACAGUUAACAACACAUGAACCCUUUCUGAUGAUGCUAGCAACUGCACAACAGAUCACAGAAACUUACAGAGUACUUAUACAUUAAACACCUUGGCAACUACAUAGCAACAUGAUAAAAAUCAUUGAAUACACCUCAUCACCAUGGCAACAACAUCCGCCAAGCAUCACUCACAUCUGUAAUGAUGUGAUUGAAUAUAAUCCUUUAGUAAUGAUCUGAUCUCUCCUGUAGGUGAUGUGUACUCAGACUCUUUACCAUGUAAGUGCACUUAACUUUCAUGUGCACUUGAACCAAGUUAUCAUGACAAUGUUUUAGUGGCUCUUCUGUUACCUGAUGUUGUUGUUUUAUUUUUACAUCUGUAGGUGAUGGACAGCACUGUUUGAAGCCUCUAGCUGAUAUUAUAUACUCCAGCUUACAAACCUCACACAUUAUACAGAUAUAAAACACUCAACAUAAUGUUCAUGAAACACUCGGAUAAAUAUCAUUCUGACAUUUCUUCGUUUUGUUGUUGUUGAUGGGUUAUGCUGUCCUGUCUAAAAUUAUUGAUAACUGAAAUCUAACAAUAAAAAUAAUUUGUAAAAACAA